AUGCUCAGCCGUCUCAACAUCACCAAGGGGUACCUCGCCUUCUCCGUCGCCCACUUUCUGCUCUUCGUCCUCGGCCUCACAAUCAUCGGGCUGUACGCGACCGACGUCCAGCGCGCUCGGGAGGUCAACAGCCACCUCGAUUCCAAAUGGAUCUUCGCUGUCGUCGUCGGCUCCCUCUCUAGCGUCACCUGCCUCGUGUACUUUGUCCCCUUCGUCUUCCACGCCCGCGGCAUCGUCGCGCCCAUUUGGAACCUGGUCCUCUUCAUCCUCAACAUUACCCUCUUUGGCGUCUUUGCCAAUCUCUUCCUCCAUGCCAAGGCUAGCAAUGGCGCCGUCAAGCGCAUGAAGAACGCCAUCUGGGUCGACCUCACCAGCGCCCUGCUCUGGCUCCUCGUCGCCCUCGCCUCCGCGGGUUACUGGUGGAAGCACCGCGAUGUCCGCUCCCGCUUCACCGGCCGCGCGCACGUCUAA